AUGAGCUCCUCUGCCAUCAGGACUACAUUUGGAAUGGCAUCUACUAUGCAUGGUCACGGAGGCUAUGACUCUGAUUUUAGUGAUGAUGAACACUGUGGAGAAUCUAGCAAAAGGAAGAAAAGGACAGUUGAAGAUGAUUUACUACUCAAAAAGCCAUUUCAGAAAGAGAAACAUGGAAAGGUGGUUCAUAAACAAGUUGCAGCAGAAUUGCUGGAUAGGGAAGAAGCAAGAAAUAGAAGGUUUCAUCUCAUAGCUAUGGAUGCUUAUCAAAGGCAUACAAAGUUUGUAAAUGACUAUAUUUUAUAUUAUGGUGGCAAAAAAGAAGACUUCAGACGAUUGGGGGAAAAUGACAAGACAGACAUGGAUGUUAUACGAGAAAAUCAUAGAUUCCUAUGGAAUGAGGAGGAUGAAAUGGACAUGAAUUGGGAGAAGAGACUUGCAAAGAAAUACUAUGAUAAAUUAUUCAAGGAAUACUGCAUAGCAGAUCUCAGCAGAUACAAAGAAAAUAAGUUUGGAUUUAGGUGGCGAAUAGAAAAAGAAGUAAUUUCAGGAAAAGGCCAGUUUUGCUGUGGAAAUAAAUGUUGUGAUGAAAAAGAAGGCUUAAAGAGUUGGGAAGUUAAUUUUGGUUAUACUGAGCAUGGUGAAAAAAGAAAUGCACUUGUUAAAUUAAGAUUAUGCCAAGAAUGUUCCUUUAAAUUAAAUUUUCAUCACAGGAGAAAAGAAGUCAAGUCAAAAAAAAGAAAGGAUAAAGCCAAAAAAGAUUCUGAAGAGUCAACACAUAAAAAAUCCAGAUUAUCUUCUGUAAAAGAGACCUCUAAGAAAAAGGAUAAAGCGCAUUCAUCCUCAGUGAAAUCAGAAAGUUCUGUCAACAGAGACUCUGAUGAGGAAGAAAGUGCUUCAGAGUCUGAACUUUGGAAGGGCCCACUACCAGAGACAGAUGAAAAAUCACAGGAAGAAGAAUUUGAUGAAUAUUUUCAAGAUUUAUUUUUGUGA